AUGCCACCUUUAUAUCAUAUCUAUCCACUUGAUGUUAGAUUUGCAAUAGAGACAGAUUACGCUGAGGAGUCAGUGGAAUGCCUUGUAACGUAGGUUUACUAUUUUUACUUGCACCUAAACGUUAGUAUAAGUUUAGUAAAAUCAAGGUUUUUAAGAUUUUUUGUUCUGCAGCUUGCACAUUAUUAUCUAAGUGAGGGCGCAGCUGAACAUUUCUGUAUUUGCGACAUUCUGCUAGAUAUAUCGGUUUGAAGCAAAGCUAGCCUAUCUUAAUAUAAUAGGUUAGCUCUAAAUUUAUUUUUAGAUUCACAAUAACGAUAGAAGACUGUACAGUUUAUCGUAAAGAGGAUACGGUAGUCAAUAGAGAGGUCAAGAAGUUUAGGGUUUACAUGGAUGAAUCGCGACGAAAGUUGGUAAUGUCAGAGAAUGGAAAAGACGUCGAAAUAGCCGAAUGUUACUACGACUUUUACUAUCAAGGUCCUAUACACGUAUCGUUGCGAUCAAAAGUGGCAGAAGAGCAGGCAGAUUGUGUCAUUACUUGGGUAUGUUUUGGUUUCUUGUGGUGUUGCUUCGGUAUGUUUGGGUAGCUUGUGGUACUUACUUUAUUAUGUUUUGGUAUCAUAUUGAGGUAUGUUGUCGUAUUGUUUAGCUAUGUUUUCGUAUUUUAUUAUCAUUUCAGGACGAUAAAAGAACGAGAAUUUACUUUCCAAGAGUCAGAGACAUUGAUUACCGCGUAGAUCCCUAUGAUCCCACAACUACACAGCGACCAGACACCUUGAUCGUAAACAACUUUACCUACACGAUCACUCACAUGAAGUGCCAAACAAGGGUUUUUACUAUGGUCAUGAUAUUGGUCAUCAUGUUGUUGGUCAUGGCCAUGUUCGUAUUGUGUAUGGGUAUUGUUCUAUAUAGGCUUAGGGUGGGUUUAUAAUUUGUUGUGCUGUAUAAGCUUAUGAUAGUCUUGUAUUUUAGUUAGGUUUUUAUUAGCUUUUUCAACUAAUUCUGUGCUCUUUAUCAAACCAAAUUUUCAGAAUUUUAAUUCUUAAAAGAGACACAUAAUUAGUUAAACAACUUAAUAGUAACAGAUAUAUAGGGAUAUGCAAGGUUUUCUUACAAUUGUGUGAAUUAUGGGAGAUAUGUACAUUCAAAUGUACAUAAUAUAGCUAAAAAAGGAGUAAACAUAGUAUGUAACACUACCAUCAACUUUCAUAUUUUAGUCAGAUCUAGAAGGUGAAGCGUUCUACAAAUCAGUCGAAAGUAGAAUGUCAUCAACCACCGUCUCCGUGCGGACAAUGACAGAAUAUAAAACACAGGAAGAUGAUCUAGAAUACAAAGAAGAAAGAGAAAAGGAAUCAAAAUCAGAAGAUCCUAAGAACAAAGAAGUCUCUAUAUGA